UCUGUGAACACAUUCACACAGUAAAGCUGCUGAUGAAACGCAGGAGGAGUUGCCAACAGGGAGGGACAUUGAAAGUGAAAGUAACAAGUCGGACUGACAGACGCCAUUUUCUCGUCGACAGAGCCGCAGCAGCAGAACAGGAUGAAUGAUUUAACAGAUGAGGAGGACGGCUCAGUGUCUGCAGUCCCCAGCUGUCUGUCUCUGAAGAGUGACUGGUCUAUGGACAGACCUCCACUCUUCAGUAAUGAACCUGGACCCUCAGACACAAAAAAGAAGAGCAAAACUCCUGUUUCUGUGGAGGAGCAGCGGUCCAGCUGUGCUUUGUGUCAGGACGUCCUGAAGGAUCCAGUCUCUACCAGCUGUGCACACACAGAUAGAGGUCUGCAGGAGGUUUUAGAUGAACAUAGGAUCAGUCUGAGGAGGAGAUGUGAAUGUGUGACUGAAGGAAGUGAAGAAACAGUGAGUAAAACCCUCCUCAACAGGAUCUACACUGAGCUCUACAUCACAGAGGGACUGAGUGAAGAGGUUAAUACUCAACAUGAGGUGAAGCAGCUUGAGACAGCUUCCAAGAAAAAGAUCCUCCGUGACGCUCCAAUCAAGUGCCACGACAUCUUUAAAGCCUCACCUGACCAACAGGUACACAUCAGAGUCGCUCUGACGGUCGGCGUCGCUGGCGUUGGAAAAACCUUCUCAGUGCAGAAGUUCACUCUGGACUGGGCAGAGGGUUUGGAAAACCAAGAUGUCAGUCUGGUGUUCCUGCUUUCGUUCAGGGAGCUGAACUUGAUCAAAGCUGAGCAGUACAGUCUUCUCAGGCUGCUCCAUGUUUUCCAUCCAACCUUACAGAAGGUCACAGCAGAGACGCUCGCUGUCUGUAACGUUUUGUUCAUCUUUGACGGCCUGGAUGAAAGCAGACCUUCACUGGAUUUCCACAACAAUGAGGUUGUGUCUGAUGUCACACAGCAGUCAUCAGUCAACGUGCUGUUGACAAACCUCAUCAGCGGGAAUCUGCUUCCCUCGGCUCUCGUCUGGAUAACUUCCCGACCUGCAGCAACCAAUCAGAUCCCUCCUGCACGUGUGGACAGGGUAACAGAAGUACGAGGCUUCACUGACGUCCAGAAGGAGGAGUACUUCAGGAGGAGAUUCAGUGAUGAAGAACGGUCCGGCAGAAUCAUCUCUCACAUCAAGACAUCCAGGAGCCUCCACAUCAUGUGUCUGAUCCCCGUCUUCUGCUGGAUCACUGCUACAGUUCUGGACCACAUGUUGACUACAGACCAGAGAGGAGAGCUGCCCCAGACCCUCACUGACAUGUACUCACACUUCCUGCUGGUUCAGACCAAGAGGAAGAAGCAGAAGUAUGAUGAGGGACAUGAGACGAGUCCACGGGAGCUGACGAAGGCUGACGGGAAACUUCUUCUGAAGCUGGGGAGGCUGGCGUUUGAACAUCUGGAGAAAGGAAACAUCAUGUUCUACCAAGAAGACCUGGAGCAGUGUGGUCUUGAUGCCACGGAGGCCUUGGUGUACUCAGGAGUUUGUACAGAGAUCUUCAAAAGAGAGAGUGUGAUCUUCCAGAAAACAGUCUACUGCUUUGUUCAUCUGAGCAUUCAGGAGUUUCUGGCUGCAGUCUACCUGUUCCACUGUUACAGCAAGAGGAACACAGAGGUACUGGAGGACUUCCUGGGGAGUGACUGGAAGAAGAACUCAUCCCUGGAUGUCUUCCUGUCUGAAGCCAUGAAGAAAUCCCUCAGAAGUGAGAAUGGCCACCUGGACCUGUUUGUCCGCUUUCUCCACGGCCUCUCUCUGGAGUCCAACCAGAGACUCUUAGGAGGCCUGCUGGGUCAGACACACAACAGUCCAGAAAUGAUCCAGAGAGCCAUCAACACCCUGAAGGAGAUGAACAGUGACGAUACCUCUGCUGACAGAAGCAUCAACAUCUUCCACUGUCUGACAGAGAUGAAGGACCACUCAGUACAUCAGGAGAUCCAAGAGUUCCUGCAGUCAGAGAACAGAUCAGAGAAGAAACUCUCUGAGAUCCACUGCUCAGCUCUGGCUCACAUGCUGCAGAUGUCAGAGGAGGUUCUGGAUGAGUUGGACCUGAAGAAGUACAACACGUCAGAGGAGGGACGACGGAGACUGAUUCCAGCUGUGAGGAACUGCAGAAAGGCUGUGUAA